UGAUAUUCCUAACCUCUUCCGAGGUAACACGAACCUAAACAGGAAUCGUAUAUCGUCUAUCUUGUAUGUGUAAAGUUUUCUGCUCUCUCUCUCUCUGUUAAAGAAAAAGAAUAGUUAUUUUCUAAAAUAUAUAUAUAUAAAUUAAAAACUUUUAUUUAUAAUAGAGAAAUAAUUGACGAAGUAUAGAUUUUAAGUUAAAAAUAUCAUAAUGCAUAUAAAACGUUUAUUAAGUGCAAGAACAUUUUUUCAACAAAUUUAUCAGAGAAAAACAAAUACUUAUAGCAAUGUUGAUAAAAAUAUAUUAAACCUUAAGGAGAGGGGUAUGUACGAGGAUAUAUUUCCAAAUAAUUUAAAGAGAUAACAGAUUUAUUAACUAAAUCUCCACAAUGUGUUUACGCUGGAUUCGAUCCAACAGCGAGCAGCUUACACGUAGGAAAUUUAUUAGUAUUGAUGAAUCUUUUACAUUGGCAACGCGCAGGACACCAAGUGAUAGCAGUAUUAGGUGGAGCAACUGGUUUAAUAGGUGAUCCUAGUCACAGAAAAUCAGAAAGAAUUGAAAUCAAAGAGAUACUCUUAAAAGAGAAUUUGGAAUCUAUCAAAUUAGACAUAGCAAAUGUAUUUAAUAAUCACCAUAAAUAUUUUUGGCCUGAUAAAACCAAAAAAUUGCAACCAUUACAAAUUCUUAAUAAUUUAAAUUGGUAUAAGGAUAUUAAUAUUAUUCAGUUUGUAAGAAAAGUUGGAAAGUACUUCAGAUUAGGUACGAUGUUAGGAAGGACAUCUGUUCAAUCACGUUUAAAUUCAGAAACUGGAAUGAGCUUUACAGAAUUUACGUAUCAAGUUUUUCAAGGAUACGAUUGGUUAUAUUUAGCAGACAAUCAUAAGUGUUUAUUUCAAAUUGGUGGAAGCGAUCAAAUGGGUAAUAUUAUGUCUGGAUAUGAUUUGGUUACAAAAGCCACAGAUAAAAAAGUUUAUGGUUUAACAUUGCCACUUAUAACUACAGAAGGUGGUAAGAAAUUUGGAAAAUCUAGCGGCAAUGCUGUUUGGUUAUCUCCUACUAAGUCCUCUAGUUUUCAGCUUUAUCAAUUCUUUAUUAGAACCAAAGAUAGCGAUGUUGAAAAUUUUCUCAAAUUCUUUACCUUCUUAUCGCUACCAAAAAUAUCCGACAUUGUAAAGGAACAUUUUAAACAACCAGAAAAUAGAUUGGCCCAAAGAAUUUUAGCGGAAAAAGUUACCCUUCUAGUUCAUGGAGAACUUGGCUUAAAGGCAGCAAAAGAUACAUCUCUAGUGUUGUAUAAUAAAUCAAUUGAUACUUUAGUUAAAAUGAGUGCAGAAGAAAUAGCCAGUGUAUUUGAAGGAGCAACAGUUGUAGAUAUAUUUGGGGAACCAGGCUUGACGGUAUACGAAUUAGCAACAAAAGCUAAAUGCUUUAAGAGUGAUCAUGAUACGCGUAGAAUCAUAAAAGCUGGUGGUUUUUACAUUAAUUAUAGUAAAGUUACUAACUUGAAUGAAGUCUUAGUACCUGGUAUUCAUAUAUUAUCUAAUAAUGUAACCCUUUUGAGGGUUGGUAAAAAAACUUAUUAUAUAGUACGAUGGGUCAGUGGAUCAUUGGAACAAUAUAAUUUAUCUUAAUAAUUAAUUUUGUACAAAUUUGUUUGUUUUUUAAUUUAAAUAAAAAUCUGUAAU